AGCAAGAUCUAGAGAACAGACAAAGGAGGGCCUCUUCCAUCAAAAUGAGUGAUUCACAGGAAUCUAUGGAGGUGACUUUGCACACAGAAAUAGAGUCUGGCGCAAGUGGAUUUAGUGUGGCCGGUGGAGGAAACGAAGGAAUAUUUGUGAAGAAAGUGCUCAAGGAAUCCUCAGCAUCAAAGUUAUUCAGCCUGAGAGAAGGCGACCAGCUUCUGAGUGCCACGGUAUUUUUUGACAAUAUCAAGUAUGAAGACGCGCUCAAGAUUUUGCAGUAUUCCGAGCCGUACAAAGUACAGUUCAGCCUUAAACGAAAGCUCAGUGGGAAGGAGGAUCUGGAAACAAUGCGUUCUGCGACGCUCUCCAAAAAGGAAAAAUUAAGCCAGGGAAAAGAAAUCAUGGAAGUAUCAGAAAAGACGACCACAGAAGAAGACAAAGCCAAUUUGAUUGUAAAACAAAGAGUAGGAAGACAAAAACGACCAAAGAAGGAUAGACUCUCCUGGCCAAAAUUCCAGUCCAUCAAAGGUAAAAAGAUUUUGGGACACAGAAGAUCGCGUAGCACAUCUGAUGCAUAUGAGCAUGCUAUUCCAGAUGUUUCUCCAACGAGCACCGACACUGAAUUCCCACCAGAAGAAAUACAUGCUAAGGUUAAAAAAGGAAGCCAAAAGAGACUAAAAUUCCCUAGCAUUGGAUUCAAGAUGUACAGAACAAAGCAAGAAACAGAAGAGAAGUCUAAAUUGGAAGAAAAAGUAUUCACAGAGUAUGAAUAUGGCACCACAGAGAAACCCUCGGAAACCCUAACACUAGAAGAUUCUACCUCUUGGGCACAGGAUAAGAAAACAAAAGAACACUCUGAGGCAAAAGAAGAUGCAAAAGAACCAAUUUAUGAACUGACUUCCCACACAAAAAAGUGCCCUGAAGUUGAAAUCACUAUUAAAAAACCAAAGGAAAAGAAACAAAAAUCAAGAGGAACGUCAAAACCAGAGUCUACAAUUAUAACAUCACAGAUACCACCUUCUACAUUAGAAAUAAAAGAUUCACCAACAAAGCAACCAUCAUUUCCAAAGAUUCGAAAAAAGAAACAGAAGGCAUCUAUCGAAAAGGUACAAAGCAAAACAACAGAAGAUUAUGACCAAACUAAAAAAGACAUGGAAAUAGAACUUAAGGGUGCCUCACUUGGAUUAACAUACCAAAUGGAACGAGACACUGAAAUCACAGUACCACCUCAUGAAGUUAACAUCACAACAGGGAUGGUCUCUGAUCUCAACGCUCCAGACCUUCAACUUCAGGCACCAUCAGCGGAUAUAACACUUGAUAGCAGUCAGGCAAAAUUGGAAAGUUCAGAUACAAAGUUCAAAAUGCCUAAGUUCCAGAUGCCAAAGUUUGGGAUUUCCUUUCCCAAAGGGAAAAUAGCUUUUGAAGGGGAUCUCACUGUACCUCCAAUAGAGGCUGAGUUCCCAAAAUCAGAACUAAAAGGUGAAAUCACAGUGCCAUCUGUCGAGGCAGGCAGUAAGGUACCAGGAACACAGAUUGAGGCCCCAAGUGCAGAAGUGGAGGUUAGUGAGAAAGGCAAAUUGAAAAUGGCAGAGGUUAAGAUGCCAAGUGUCAAAAUGCCAAAAAUGAAGAGCCCCCAGGUGGGCAUCACUUCGUUGAAAGUCGAAGGAGAUGUAAUCCCUCCCAAACUUGAAGCUGAAUUUCGAGAAGAUGAAAGUUCUAUCAAGUUGCCUGAAGAUGAAGGCAGCAUUGAGGGAGGUGGGAUGAAGAUACAUAUGCCAAAAUUCAAGAUGCCCAGCAUGGGCUUCUCCAAACCAGACAUCAAAGACCCCAAAGUUGACGUAGACCUCAGCGCACCAAAAGCUGACGUCAGACUUCCUUCUGCUGAUCUCAGCAUCUCCAAGCCCAAACGAAAACCGGGAGAGCUUGCAGCAGACAUCAGCCUCUCUGCACCUGAGGUAAAGAUCCCAACAGGCGAAACCACCUUGGAACUGAAAGCCCCAGACCUCCAGCUGGAGGCACCAUCGGCUGAGAUAGCCAUGGAAGGUGGUGAGCUGAAGCUUGAGGGCGUGGAUGGGAAGUUCAAAAUGCCUAAGUUCCAGAUGCCAAAGUUUGGGAUUUCCCUUCCCAAAGGAAAAGCCUCUGUUGAGGGGGAUAUCACCAUACCUUCCGCAGAGGUGGAGAUCCCGAAAGGAGAACUGAAAGGAGAAGUUACAGUGCCGUCUAUCGAGGCGGGCGUUAAAGUAUCAGGACCCCAGAUUGAGGCUCCGAGUAUGGAAGUGGAGAUUGGUGACAAGGGCAAAAUGAAAAUGCCAGAUGUCAAGAUGCCAAGUGUCAAAAUGCCCAAAAUGAAAGGCCCCCAGAUGGACGUCACCCUGUCAAAGGUGGAGGGAGACGUAUCCCUCCCCAAAGUUGAACUGCCAGAAGGCGAUGUCUCUGUCAAGAUGCCUGAGGCUGAAGGCAGCACUGAAGGAGGAGGGAUGAAGAUACACAUGCCAAAAUUCAAGAUGCCCAGCAUGGGCUUCUCCAAACCAGACAUCAAAGGCCCCAAAGUUGACACAGAUCUCAGCGCACCCAAGGCUGACGUCAGGCUUCCUUCUGCUGACAUCAGCAUCUCCAAGCCCAAACUGAAAACAGGAGAGCUUGCAGUGGAAAUCAGCCUCUCUGCACCUGAGGUAAAGAUCCCAACAGGCGAGGCCUCCUUGGAACUGAAGGCCCCAGACGUCCAACUGGAGGCACCAUCAGUGGAUAUAGCCAUGAAAGGUGGCGAGCCAAAGCUUGAGGGCGUAGAUGGGAAGUUCAAAAUGCCUAAGUUCCAGAUGCCAAAGUUUGGGAUUUCCCUUCCCAAAGGGAAAGCCGCUGUCGAGGGAGGUAUCACAAUACCUUCCGCAGAGGUGGAGAUCCCCAAAACAGAACUGAAAGGAGAAGUCACAGUGCCAUCUGCUGAGGCGGGCAUUAAAGUAUCAGAACCCCAGAUUGAGGCUCCAAGCAUAGAAGUGGAGAUUGGUGACAAAGGCAAAAUGAAAAUGCCAGACGUCAAGAUGCCAAGUGUCAAACUGCCCAAAAUCAAAGGCCCCCAAAUGGACGUCACCCUAUCGAAGGUCGAGGGAGACGUGUCCCUCCCCAAAGUUGAAGCUGAACUGCCAGAAGGCGAUGUCUCUGUCAAGUUGCCUGAGGCUGAAGGCAGCAUUGAGGGAGGUGGAAUGAAGAUACAUAUGCCAAAAUUCAAGAUGCCCAGCAUGGGCUUCUCCAAACCAGACAUCAAAGGCCCCAAACUUGACAUAGACCUCAGCGCACCCAAGGCUGACGUCAGGAUUCCUUCUGCUGAACUCAGCAUCUCCAAGCCCGAACUAAAACCGGGAGAGAUUGCAGUGGACAUCAGCCUCUCCGCACCUGAGGUAAAGAUCCCAACAGACGAGGCUUCCUUGGAACUGAAAGCCCCAGACCUCCAAUUGGAGGCAGCAUCAGCAGAUAUAGCCAUGAAAGAUGGUGAGGCAAAGCUUGAGGGCGUGGAUGGGAAGUUCAAAAUGCCUAAGUUCCAGAUGCCAAAGUUUGGGAUUUCCCUUCCCAAAGGGAAAACCGCAGCAGAGGGGAGUAUCACCAUACCUUCCGCAGAAGUGGAGAUCCCCAAAGCAGAAGUAAAAGGAGAAAUCACAGUGCCGUCUAUUGAGACGGGCAUUAAAGUAUCAGGACCCCAGAUUGAGGCUCAGAGCAUGGAAGUGGAAAUUGGUGACAAGGGCAAAAUGAAAAUGCCAGACGUCAAGAUGCCAAGUGUCAAACUGCCCAAAAUCAAGAGUCCCCAGAUGGACGUCACCCUUUCGAAGGUCGAGGGAGACGUGUCCCUCCCCAAACUUGAAGCUGAACUGCCAGAAGGCGAUAUCUCUGUCAAGUUGCCUGAGGCUGAAGGCAGCAUUGAAGGAGGAGGGAUGAAGAUACACAUGCCAAAAUUCAAGAUGCCCAGCAUGGGCUUCUCCAAACCAGAUAUCAAAGGCCCCAAAGUCGACGUAGACCUCAGCACACCCAAGGCUGACAUCAGGCUUCCUUCUGCUGAACUCAGCAUCUCCAAGCCCAAACUGAAAACAGGAGAGCUUGCAUCGGACAUCAGCCUCUCUGCACCUGAGGUAAAAAUCCCAACAGGUGAGGCCUCCUUGGAACUGAAGGCCCCAGACCUCCAACUGGAGGCACCAUCGGUAGAUAUGGCCAUGAAAGGUGGCGAGCCAAAGCUUGAGGGCGUGGAUGGGAAGUUCAAAAUGCCUAAGUUCCAGAUGCCAAAGUUUGGGAUUUCCCUUCCCAAAGGGAAAGCCGCUGUCGAGGGAGGUAUCACAAUACCUUCCACGGAGGUGGAGAUCCCCAAAACAGAACUGAAAGGAGAAGUCAUAGUGCCAUCUGCCGAGGCGGGCAUUAAAGUAUCAGGACCCCAGAUUGAGGCUCCAAGCAUAGAAAUGGAGAUUGGUGAGAAGGGCAAAAUGAAAAUGCCAGACGUCAAGAUGCCAAGUGUCAAACUGCCCAAAAUGAAGGGUCCUCAGGUAGACGUCACUGUGUCCAAGGUGGAGGGAGACGUGUCCCUCCCCAAAGUUGAAGCUGAACUGCCAGAAGGCGAUAUCUCUGUCAAGUUGCCUGAGGCUGAAGGCAGCAUUGAGGGAGGUGGGAUGAAGAUGCAUAUGCCAAAAUUCAAGAUGCCCAGCAUGGGCUUCUCAAAACCAGACAUCAAAGGCCCAAAAGUGGACAUAGACAUCAGUGCACCAAAAGCUGACGUCAGACUUCCUUCUGCUGACCUCAGCAUCUCCAAGCCCGAACAAAAACUGGGAGAGCUUGCAGCGGACAUCAGCCUCUCCGCACCUGAGGUAAAGAUCCCAACAGGCGAAACCACCUUGGAACUGAAAGCCCCAGACCUCCAACUGGAGACACCAUCAGCUGAGAUAGCCAUGGAAGGUGGUGAGCUGAAGCUUGAGGGCGUGGAUGGGAAGUUCAAAAUGCCUAAGUUCCAGAUGCCAAAGUUUGGGAUUUCCCUUCCCAAAGGAAAAGCCUCUGUUGAGGGGGAUAUCACCGUACCUUCCGCAGAGGUGGAGAUCCCGAAAGGAGAACUGAAAGGAGAAGUUACAGUGCCGUCUAUCGAGGCGGGCGUUAAAGUAUCAGGACCCCAGAUUGAGGCUCCGAGUAUGGAAGUGGAGAUUGGUGACAAGGGCAAAAUGAAAAUGCCAGACGUCAAGAUGCCAAAAGGCAGCAUCGAAGGAGGUGGGAUGAGGAUACACAUGCCAAAAUUCAAGAUGCCCAGCAUGGGCUUCUCCAAACCAGACAUCAAAGGCCCCAAAGUUGGCGUAGACCUCACUGCACCGACGGCUGAUGUCAGGCUUCCUUCUGCUGACGUCAGCAUCUCCAAGCCUGAACUGAAAACUGGUGAGCUUGUCACUGACAUCAACCUUUCCGCACCUGAGGUAAAGAUCCCAACUAGUGAGGCCUCCUUGGAACUGAAAGCCCCAGACCUCCAAAUGGAGGCACCAUUGGCUGAGAUGAAAGGUGGCGACGUGAAGCUUGAAGGUGUGGAUGGGAAGUUCAAAAUGCCUAAGUUCCAGAUGCCAAAAUUUGGGAUUUCCAUUCCCAAAGGCAAAGCUGCUGUCGAGGGAGAUAUCACUAUAUCUUCCCCAGAAGUGGAGAUCCCCAAAGCAGAACUGAAAGGAGAUGUCACAGUGCCGUCUAUUGAGGCGGGCAUUAAAGUUUUAGGACCCCAGAUUGAGGCCCCGAGCAUGGAAGUGGAGGUUGGUGACAAGGGCAAAAUGAAAAUGCCAGACAUCAAGAUGCCAAGUGUCAAACUGUCCAAAAUCAAGGGCCCCCUUAUGGACGUCACCCUGUCGAAGGUCGAAGGAGACGUGUCUCUUCCCAAAGUUGAAGCUGAACUGCCAGAAGGCAAAGUCUCUCCCAAGAUGCCCGAAGUAGAAGGCAGCAUCGAAGGCAGUGGGAUGAAGAUACACAUGCCGAAAUUCAAGAUGCCCAGCAUGGGCUUCUCCAAACCAGACAUCAAAGGCCCCAAAGUUGACGUAGACCUCAGUGCACCCAAGGCUGACGUCAAGCUUCCUUCUGCUGACCUCAGCCUCACCAAGCCUGAACUGAAAAUGGGAGAGCUUGCAGCGGAUAUCAGCCUGUCUGCACCAGAGGUAAAGAUCCCAACAGAUGAGGUCUCCUUGGAACUGAAGGCCCCUGACAUCCAACUGGAGGCACCAUCGGCUGUAAUAGCCAUGGAAGGUGGCGAGCCAAAGCUUGAGGGCAUGGAUGGGAAGUUCAAAAUGCCUAAGUUCCAGAUGCCAAAGUUUGGGAUUUCCCUUCCCAAAGCCAAAGCCGCUGUCGAGGGAGAUGUCACCAUACCUUCCCCAGAGGUGGAGAUCCCCAAGGCAGAACUGAAAGGAGAAGUCACAGUUCCAUCUGUCGAGGCGGGCAUUAAAGUAUCAGGAACCCAGAUUGAGGCCCAAAGCAUGGAACUGGAGGUUGGUGGAAAGGGCAAGAUGAAAAUGCCAGACAUCAAGAUGCCAAGUGUCAAACUGCCCAAAAUGAAGAGCCCCCAGGUGGACGUCACCCUUUCGAAGGUAGAGGGAGACGUGUCCUUACCCCAAGUUGAAGCUGAACUGCCAAAAGGUGAAGUUUCCCCCAAGAUGACAGAAGUAGAAGGCAGCAUUGAAGGAGGUGGGAUGAGGAUACACAUGCCAAAAUUCAAGAUGCCCAGCAUGGGCUUCUCCAAACCAGACAUCAAAAGCCCCAAAUUUGACGUAGACCUCACUGCACCGACGGCUGAUGUCAGGCUUCCUUCUGCUGACGUCAGCAUCUCCAAGCCUGAACUGAAAACUGGUGAGCUUGUCGCUGACAUCAACUUUUCCGCACCUGAGGUAAAGAUCCCAACUAGUGAGGCCUCCUUGGAACUGAAAGCCCCAGACCUCCAAAUGGAGGCACCAUUGGCUGAGAUGAAAGGUGGCGACGUGAAGCUUGAAGGUGUGGAUGGGAAGUUCAAAAUGCCUAAGUUCCAGAUGCCAAAAUUUGGGAUUUCCAUUCCCAAAGGCAAAGCUGCUGUCGAGGGAGAUAUCACUAUACCUUCCCCAGAAGUGGAGAUCCCCAAAGCAGAACUGAAAGGAGAAGUCGUAGUGCCAUCUGUCGAGGCGGGCAUUAAAGUAUCAGGACCCCAGAUUGAGGCUCCAAGCAUAGAAGUGGAGGUUGGUGACAAGGGCAAAAUGAAAAUGCCAGACAUCAAGAUGCCAAGUGUCAAACUGCCCAAAAUCAAGGGUCCCCUGAUGGAAGUCACCCUGUCGAAGGACGAGGGAGACGUGUCCCUUCCCAAAGUUGAAGCUGAACUGCCAGAAGGCAAAGUCUCUCCCAAGAUGCCCGAAGUAGAAGGCAGCAUCGAAGGAGGUGGGAUGAAGAUACACAUGCCAAAAUUCAAGAUGCCCAGCAUGGGCUUCUCCAAACCAGACAGCAAAGGCCCCAAAGUUGACAUAGACCUCAGUGCACCCAAGGCUGACGUCAAACUUCCUUCUGCUGACGUCAGCCUCUCCAAGCCCGAGCUGAAAACAGGAGAGCUUGCAGCAGAUAUCAGCCUCUCUGCACCAGAGGUAAAGAUCCCAACAGGCGAGGCCUCCUUGGAACUGAAAGCCCCAGACCUCCAGCUGGAGGCACCAUUGGCUGAGAUGAAAUGUGGUGACGUGAAGCUUGAAGGUGUGGAUGGGAAGUUCAAAAUGCCUAAGUUCCAGAUGCCAAAGUUUGGGAUUUCCCUUCCCAAAGGCAAAGCUGCUGUCGAGGGAGAUAUCACUAUACCUUCCCCAGAAGUGGAGAUCCCCAAAGCAGAACUGAAAGGAGAUGUCACAGUGCCGUCUAUUGAGGCGGGCAUUAAAGUUUUAGGACCCCAGAUUGAUGCCCCGAGCAUGGAAGUGGAGGUUGGUGACAAGGGCAAAAUGAAAAUGCCAGACAUCAAGAUGCCAAGUGUCAAACUGCCCAAAAUCAAGGGUCCCCUGAUGGAAGUUACCCUGUCGAAGGUCGAGGGAGACAUGUCCCUUCCCAAAGUUGAAGCUGAACUGCCAGAAGGCAAAGUCCCUCCCAAGAUGCCUGAAGUAGAAGGCAGCAUCGAAGGAGGUGGGAUGAAGAUACACAUGCCAAAAUUCAAGAUGCCCAGCAUGGGCUUCUCCAAACUGGACAUCAAAGGCCCCAAAGUUGACGUAGACCUCAGUGCACCCAAGGCUGAUGUCAGGCUUCCUUCUGCUGACCUCAGCAUCUCCAAGCCUGAACUGAAAACAGGAGAGCUGGAAGCGGACAUCAGCCUCUUCGCACCUGAGGCAAAGAUCCCAACAGGCGAAACCACCUUGGAACUGAAAGCCCCAGACCUCCAACUGGAGGCACCAUCGGCAGAGAUAGCCAUGAAAAGUGGUGAGGUGAAACUUGAGGGAAUGGAUGGAAAGUUCAAAAUGCCUAAGUUCCAGAUGCCAAAGUUUGGGAUUUCCCUUCCCAAAGGGAAAACCGACGUCGAGGGAGGUAUCACCAUACCUUCCCAAGAGGUGGAGAUCUCCAAAGCAGAACUGAAAGGAGUUGUCACAGUUCCAUCUGUCGAGGCUGACAUUAAGGUAUCAGGAACCCAGAUUGAGGCCCCGAGAAUGGAUGUGGAGAUUGGUGAGAAGGGCAAAAUGAAAAUGCCAGACGUCAAGAUGCCAAGUCUCAAACUGCCCAAAAUCAAGAGCCCCCAGGUAGACGUCACUGUGUCCAAGGUGGAGGGAGUUGUGUCCCUCCCCAAAGUUGAAGCCGAACUACCAGAAGGCGAUGUCUCUGUCAAGAUGCCUAAGGCUGAAGGCAGCAUUGAGGGAGGUGGGAUGAAGGUACAUAUGCCAAAAUUCAAGAUGCCCAGCAUGGGCUUCUCCAAACCAGACAUCAAAGGCCCCAAAGCCGAAGUAGACAUCAGCACACCCAAGACUGACGUCAAGCUUCCUUCUGCUGACAUCAGCAUCUCCAAGCCCGAACUGAAAACAGGAGAGCUUGCAGCGGACAUCAGCCUCUCUGCACCUGAGGUUAAGAUCCCAACAGGCGAGGCCUCCUUGGACCUGAAGGCCGCAGACAUCCAACUGGAUGCACCAUUGGCUGAGAUAGCUGUGGAUGGGAAGUUCAAAAUGCCUAAGUUCCAGAUGCCAAAGUUUGGGAUUUCCCUUCCCAAAGGGAAAGCCGCUGUCGAGGGAGGUAUCACAAUACCUUCCGCAGAGGUGGAGAUCCCCAAAGCAGAACUGAAAGGAGAUGUCACAGUGCCGUCUCUCGAGGCAGGCGUUACAGUAUCAGGACCCCAGAUUGAGGCCCCAAGCGUGGAGGUUGGUGAGAAGGGCAGAAUGAAAAUGCCAGACGUCAAGAUGCCAAGUGUCAAACUGCCCAAAAUGAAGGGUCCUCAGGUAGAUGUCACUGGGUCCAAGGUGGAGGGAGACGUGUCCUUUCCCAAAGUUGAAGCCAAACAGCCAGAAGGCGAUGUCUCUGUCAAGAUGCCUAAGGCUGAAGGCAGCAUUGAGGGAGGUGGGAUGAAGGUACAUAUGCCAGAAUUCAAGAUGCCCAGCAUGGGCUUCUCCAAACCAGACAUCAAAGGCCCCAAAGCCGAAGUAGACCUCAGCACACCCAAGACUGACGUCAAGCUUCCUUCUGCUGACAUCAGCAUCUCCAAGCCCGAACUUAAAACAGGAGAGCUUACAGCGGACAUCAGCCUCUCCGCACCUGAGGUUAAGAUCCCAACAGGCGAGGCCUCCUUGGACCUGAAGGCCCCAGACCUCCAACUGGAGGCACCAAAGGCUGAGAUAGCUGUGGAUGGGAAGUUCAAAAUGCCUAAGUUCCAGAUGCCAAAGUUUGGGAUUUCCCUUCCCAAAGGGAAAGCCGCUGUCGAGGGAGGUAUCACCAUACCUUCCGCAGAGGCGGAGAUCCCCAAAGCAGAACUGAAGGGAGAAGUCACAGUGCCGUCCGUCGAGGCGGGCAUUAAAGUAUCAGGACCCCAGAUUGAGGCUCCAAGCAUAGAAGUGGGGAUUGAUGAGAAGGGCAGAAUGAAAAUGCCAGACGUCAAGAUGCCAAGUGCCAAACUGCCCAAAAUCAAGGGCCCCCAGGUAGAUGUCACUGGGUCCAAGGUGGAGGGAGACGUGCCCUUUCCCAGAGUUGAAACUGAACUUCCAGAAGGUGAUGUCUCUGUCAAGAUGCCUAAGACUAAAGGCAGCAUUGAGGGAGGUGGGAUGAAGGUACAUAUGCCGAAAUUCAAAAUGCCCAGCAUGGGCUUCUCCAAACCAGACAUCAAAGGCCCCAAAGUCGACAUAGACCUCAGCACAUCCAAGGCUGACGUCCAGCUUACAUCUGCUGACAUCAGCAUCCCCAAGCCCGAAUUCAAAACAGGAGAGCUUGCAGCGGACAUCGGCCUCUCUGCACCUGAGGUUAAGAUCCCAACAGGCGAGACCUCCUUGGACCUGAAGGCCCCAGACUUCCAACUUGAGGCACCAUCGGCUGAGAUAGCCCUGGAAGGCGGCGAGGCGAAGCUUGAGGGUGUGGAUGAGAAGUUCAAAAUGCCUAAGUUCCAGAUGCCAAAAUUUGGGAUUUCCCUUCCCAAAGGGAAAACCGAUGUCGAGGGAGGUAUCACCAUACCUUCCACAGAGUUGGAGAUCCCCAAAGCAGAACUGAAGGGAGAAGUCACAGUGCCGUCUGUCGAGGCAGGCAUUACACUAUCAAGACCCCAGAUUGAGGCCCCAAGCGUGGAAGUGGAGGUUGGUGAGAAGGUCAGAAUGAAAACGCCAGAUGUCAAGAUGCCAAGUGUCAAACUGCCCAAAAUCAAGUGCCCCCAGGUAGACGUCACUGUGUCUAAAGUGGACGGAGACGUGUCCUUUCCCAAAGUUGAAACCAAACUGCCAGAAGGCGAUGUCUCUGUCAAGAUGCCUAAGGCUGAAGGCAGCAUUGAGGGAGGUGGGAUGAAGGUACAUAUGCCAAAAUUCAAGAUGCCCAGCAUGGGCUUCUCCAAACCAGACAUCAAAGGCCCCAAAGUCGAUGUAGACCUCAGCACAUCCAAGGCUGACAUCAAGUUUCCAUCUGCUGACAUCAGCAUCUCCAAGCCCGAAUUAAAAACAGGAGAGCUUGCAGCGGACAUCAACCUCUCCGCACCUGAGGUUAAGAUCCCAACAGACGAGGCCACCUUGGACCUGAAGGCCCCAGACCUCCAACUGGAUGCACCAUCGGCUGAGAUAGCUGUGGAUGGGAAGUUCAAAAUGCCUAAGUUCCAGAUGCCAAAGUUUGGGAUUUCCCUUCCCAAAGGGAAAGCCUCUGUCGAGGGAGGUCUCACAAUACCUUCCGCAGAGGUGGAGAUCCCCAAAGCAGAACUGAAGGGAGAAGUCACAGUGCCAUCCGUCGAGGCAGGUGUUACACUAUCAAGACCCCAGAUUGAGGCCCCAAGCAAGGAAGUGGAGGUUGGUGAGAAGGGCAGAAUGAAAAUGCCAGAUGUCAAGAUGCCAAGUGUCAAACUGCCCAAAAUCAAGGGCCCCCAGGUAGACGUCACUGUGUCCAUGGUGGAGGGUGACAUGUCCCUCCCCAAAGUUGAAGCCGAACUACCAGAAGGCGAUGUCUCUGUCAAGAUGCCUAAGGCUGAAGGCAGCAUUGAGGGAGGUGGGAUGAAGGUACAUAUGCCAAAAUUCAAGAUGCCCAGCAUGGGCUUCUCCAAACCAGACAUCAAAGGUCCCAAAGCCGACGUAGACCUCAGCACACCCAAGGCUGAUGUCAAGCUUCCAUCUGCUGACCUCAGCAUCUCCAAACCCGAAUUGAAAACAGGAGAGCUUGCAGCGGACAUCAGCCUCUCUGCACCUGAGGUUAAGAUCCCAACAGGCGAGGCCUCUUUGGACCUGAAGGCCCCAGACCUCCAACUGGAGGCACCAUCGACUGAGAUAGCUAUGGAUGGGAAGUUCAAAAUGCCUAAGUUCCAGAUGCCUAAGUUUGGGAUUUCCCUUCCCAAAGGGAAGACGUCUGUCAAGGGGGAUAUCACUGUACCUUCCGCAGAGGUGGAGAUCCCCAAAGCAGAACUGAAAGGAGAUGUUACAGUGCCGUCUGUCGAGGCGGGCAUUACGAUAUCAGGACCCCAGAUUGAGGCCCCGAGUGUGGAAGUGGAUGUUGGUGAGAAGGGCAGAAUGAAAAUGCCAGAUGUCAAGAUGCCAAGUGUCAAACUGCCCAAAAUCAAGGGCCCCCAGGUGGAUGUCAGCAUGUCCAAGAUUGAGGGAGACAUUUCCCUUCCCAAAGUUGAAGCUGAACUUCCAGAAGGUGGUGUCUCCAUCAAGAUUCCUGAGGCUGAAGGCAGCAUUGAGGGAGGUGGGAUGAAAAUACAUAUGCCAAAAUUCAAGAUGCCCAGCAUGGGCUUCUCCAAAACAGACGUCAAAGGUCCCAAAGUUGACGUAGAUGUCAGUGCACCCAAGGCUGACAUCAGCAUCUCCAAGCCCGAACUGAAAACGGGAGAGCUUGCAGCGGACAUCAGCCUCUCAACACCUGAGGUAAAGAUCCCAACAGGUGAGGCCUCCUUGAAACUGAAAGCCUCAGAACUCCAACUGGAGGCAUCAUCGGCUGAGAUAGCCAUGGAAGGCGGCGAGGUGAAGCUUGAGGGCGUGGAUGGGAAGCUCAAAAUGCCGAAGUUCCAGAUGCCAAAGUUUGGGAUUUCCCUUCCCAAAGGGAAAGUCUCUGUCAAGGGGGAUAUCUCAGUACCUUCCGCAGAGGUGGAGAUCUCGAAAGCAGAACUGAAAAGAGAUGUCACAGUGCCGUCUGUCGAAGCGGGCGUUACUGUAACAGAACCCCAAAUUGAGGCCCCAAGUGUGGAAGUGGAGGUUGGCGAGAAGAGCAAAAUGAACAUGCCAGACGUUAAGAUGCCAAGUGUCAAACUGCCCAAAAUCAAGGGUCCCCAGGUAGACGUCACUAUGUCCAAGGUGAAGGGGGAUGUUUCCAUUCCAAGAGUUGAAGCCGAACUUCCAGAAGGUGGUGUCUCCAUCAAGAUUCCUGAGGCUGAAGGCAGCAUUGAGGGAGGUGGGAUGAAGAUACAUAUGCCAAAAUUCAAGAUGCCCAGCAUGGGCUUUUCCAAACCAGACAUCAAAGGCCCCAAAGUUGACGUAGACCUCAGCACACCCAAGUUUGACAUCAAACUUCCAUCUGCUGACCUCAGCAUCUCCAAGCCCGAAUUGAAAACGGGAGACCUCGCAGCGGAUAUCAGCCUCUCUGCACCUGUUAAGAUCCCAACAGGCGAGGCCUCCUUGGACGUGAAGGCCCCAGACCUCCAACUGGAGGCACCAUCAACUGAGAUAGCCCUGGAAGGCGGAGAGGCGAAGCUUGAGGGUGUGGAUGGGAAGUUCAAAAUGCCGAAGUUCCAGAUGCCAAAGUUUGGGAUUUCCCUUCCCAAAGGGAAAGCCUCUGUCAAAGGGGAUAUCACCGUUCCUUCCACUGAGGUGGAGAUUCCCAAGGCAGAACUGAAAGGAGAUGUCAUAGUGCCAUCUGUCCAGACGGGCGUUACGGUAUCAGGACCCCAGACUGAAGCCUUGAGCAUGGAAGUGGAGGUUGGUGAGAAGGGCAAAAUGAAAAUGCCAGACAUCAAGAUGCCAAGUGUCAAAAUGCCCAAAAUCAAGGGCCCCCAGAUGGACGUCACCAUGUCCAAGGUGGAGGGAGAUGUGUCCCUUCCCAAAGUUGAAGCCGAACUGCCAGAAGGCGAUGUUUCCGUCAAUAUUUCUGAGGCUGAAGGCAGCAUUGAGGGAGGUGGGAUGAAAAUACAUAUGCCAAAAUUCAAGAUGCCCAGCAUGGGCUUCUCCAAACCAGACAUAAAAGGCCCCAAAGUCGACAUAGACCUCAGCACACCCAAGUUUGACGUCAAACUUCCAUCUGCUGACCUCAGCAUCUCCAAGCCCGAAUUGAAAACGGGAGACCUCGCAGCGGAUAUCAGCCUCUCUGCACCUGAGGUUAAGAUCCCAACAGGCGAGGCCUCCUUGGACCUGAAGGCCCCAGACCUCCAACUGGAGGCACCAUCAACUGAGAUAGCCCUGGAAGGCGGCGAGGCGAAGCUUGAGGGUGUGGAUGGGAAGUUCAAAAUGCCAAAGUUCCAGAUGCCAAAGUUUGGGAUUUCCCUUCCCAAAGGGAAAGCCUCUGUCAAAGGGGAUAUCACCAUUCCUUCCACUGAGAUGGAGAUUCCCAAAGCAGAACUGAAAAGUGAAGUCACAGUGCCGUCUGUUGAGACGGGCAUUAAAGUAUCAGGAUCCCAGAUUGAGGCCCCAAGCGUGGAAGUGGAGGUUGACGUGAAGGCUCCAGAAAUUAGCACUGAAAGUAUUUCUGGUGACACUCAGUUUAGUACUGCAGAAAUAACUGUUGACGGCUCUAAGGGGAAAAUUAAGAUGCCAAAAUUUCACAUGCCAAAGUUUGGAUUAUCACGUACUAAAGAUAAAAUAUUAGAAAGUAAAGUUGGCACAUCUAAAGCUGAGAUUGAUAUACCUGGCAUAGAUGCUGAUGUAGAAAUCUUGAACAUUCGAACAAUUGAAGCCCCUAAGAUAGAGUCAGAUGUUUCAGAACUGAAAAUGCAUUCCUCACCAGAGAAAGUGAUCCAGCAACAAAAAACCAACAUUCAGAUAUCAGGUAUAGAUGUUUCCCUUCCCUCUGUAGAUGCUUCGGUUCCUGUGACAGAAGCUGUCACCCAGGGUACAGACUUGGAUAUCAAAAGUUUAAAAAUGGAAACCAUUGAAAAGGAACCAUCAGAAAGAGAAAGCAAGUUCAAGAUGCCAAAAUUCAAACUACCAUCAUUUAACUGGUCUCCAAAAAAAGAAGCAAGCUUUUCCGGUCAUGUUGAUGCAGACUGGGAAGACCCCUCGCUAAUAAUUUCAACAAGUGAGAAAGAACCGGAAUUAACCCUUACUGUAGAAGAAAUCGAAGACGAGGUUAUUGAAGCGGACAGUCAUGUUUUAAGUGAUAAAGACAGUGAAAGGAGUAAAAUUAGACGGCCACAGUUCAGCAUGCCAAAAUUAUCCCUUCCUAAAAUGAAGAGUCAUAAAGGGGAAAUGUCUGUGUCUCAGCUGGAAACUGACAUUCAAGUGAUUGAGCAAGGAGAUAGAUCAGUACAGAUCCCAGAGACAGAAAUCAGCGGAGAGAGUGCUAAAAAAAGUAUUAAAAUGCCCAAAGUUAAACUCCCGAGCCUAGAGCUUUCCAAACCUGAAAUUAAAGCUCCAAAGGUUGAUAUGGAAGUCAGCUUACCUAAAAGUGAUGCUCAGCUUGUUACAUCUGAUUCUAGUAUUUCAAAACCAGAAGUAAAAUUAGGGGAUACUGGUGCUGAUGUUAGCAUAGCAGCCUCUGAAAUUAAGGGAUCCAUGGCAGAGGAACUGGAAGGCCCAGAAAUAAAAAUUGAAGGACAGUCUGCUGAAAUAUCAGUAGAUGGGGCUGAGAUUAAAAUUGAAGGUGUAGAAGGAAAGAUGAAAAAGCCCAAAUUCCAAAUGCCCAAGUUUGGAAUUUCAUUUUCUAAAGGAAGAGUUCCUGACGCUGAGGUUACUUUACCAUCAAUGGAGGCAGAGGUUCCCCAACUGAAGACAACAACAGAUAUUGCUGAUAUUGCAGUAGAAGCCUCAACACUUGAAGCUGAUUAUGCUGUAGCUGGUGGAGAAACGAUAGUUGUGGAUGAAAAAAUAAGGAUUCCUCCAAUUUCUAAAGUUGUCACAAAGGCUCCCACACUGGACGUAAAGCUCCCAUCAGUUGGGGUUUCUAUGCCACUAUCAGAAAAAGACAUUCAGAAUUUAGAAGCCCUUUCUAAGGAAGACAAACCAGAAGGAGAUUUAAAGACUGGAGUUUUAGAGACAGAAGAGAAAGAAGGACACUUCAGAAUGCCAAAAUUCAAAUUGCCGUCAUUUAGUCGGUCUCCUAAAAAAGAAGCAAGUCUCAAAACAGACGUAAAAGAACCUUUGGAAGAACCUAAAGCAACAUUGCCAGAGGAUACGGAUUCAGAACUUACAGUAGUGCCAUCAGAAGAUCAAGGGGUCCAGAUGGACCUUGAUGCUGAGAUGUCUUCCAAAAAAGGCCAGGUGAAAAGGCCUCAUUUUGCCAUGCCCAAAAUCUCUCUCUCUAAACCAAAGUUACCUAAAUCACAGGUCGGUCUGUCAAAAGCAGACAAAGAUAUAACUGAAGAAAGAGAAGGAGAGGCAGUACAAAUACCAGAUAUAGAAAGCAGUUGUACUACCAGAGAAGAAGGAACCGAAAUAAGCAUUGAAAUGCCAAAAGGAAAACCAAAACUAGAAAUCAAAACUCCCAAAAUAGAUAUAGACUCUAAAGUACCUACACUUGAUAUGAAAGCUCCUACGACUGGCCGUUCAUCUGAGCUGAAGAGUUCGCAGAGAGGAUUUGAAGGAACGUCAGGUGAAACUGAUAUGGAUAGCGCAGGUGGGGAAGGUGAUGGCUUAGAAAUUAAACUACCAAAACUCCGGAUGCCAAAGUUUGGAAUCUCAGUUCCUGAAGGGGAAGUGCCUGAGAUUGCCAUACCAGUUAUGAAAGCUGAAGGUUCCAAACUACAAACCAUAGAGGGACUUGGUGGAGAAGCUCCAGUCUUAGAAGUUCAAGCUGAGACUACUGAUGUUGAAAUGAAGGGUCCCUCUGUGAAAACUGGUGUGCCACCAAUGCUCACAGCUGAAACCAAGGCAUCUGACACUUCUGCAUAUAGCCUUAGUGAGAAGGAUAUAGAUGUACAAGGAGAACACGAAAUUCAAACAGAGGGAUCUCAGGGCUGGUUUAAAAUGCCGAAGUUCAGAAUGCCUUCUUUCGGCCGGUCAUCUGUAAAGGGGAAAAAAGGAGAUGCUGAGGAUGAAAGUGGCGUUGGGAAGGCUCUCACUGCUGAGAUGCAGGUUGAAAUAAAGACUCCUGAAACUGUGGCACAGUCUCUCCAGGUGGACACUGAGUCAUCUUCUGUGAAGGACAGUUUAGAAGGCCAAGUCACAUUUCCUCAGGGGGCGAUUCCAGAAGGUGGUGUUUCAAUACAGAAAGAAGGGAGUGCUGACAUUGGCCUGUUGGCAGGCAAAGGCAGACUUCUGCAACCUUCAGGAAAAAUGGAUAUUAAAUUAAGUGCGGAGGGGAGUAAAACAUACGCCGAAGCAGUUAAACAUGGUGCUGAAGAACAACUACAGAAACGUCAAUUUUCAGGCCCUAGAGAUGAGCUCUGCAGUUCAGAAAUAAGCGUACCUAAAGUAGACACGACGCUUCUGAAAUGUGAUAUGGCACUUCAACACAAAGCCAAGCCUGACGAUGCGCCAUCUGUGGAGUAUUCUAUCGAAACAAAGAGGCUAGACAUGAGAACUGAUGCAGCAGCAUCCACUGAGAUUACUGUGGAUGGAACAGAAAGAAGUAUUGACAUUGCUGGUCCAAAAGAAGAGGUUGUUGUGGAAAGCCGAGAUGCAGAAGCAAAAACUGAGAAGAUGGCGAGCCAAACAAAAUCACCAAAAAAGGACAUUCAAGGAAAAGAAAGCAUGUUCAAAAUGCCAAAGUUCAGUGUGCCUUCAUUUGGAUGGUCAACCUCAAAGAGCGCCACCCACAUUGCUGAAGAUACACCUAACCUGGAAGAGGCAGAGGCCGCCCUGCCAGAAGUUAAAAUGGAUGUUUCGAUCACCGAUGAAGACUUUGAAAUAAUAGAGUUGCCAAUCGAAGGUUUUGAAAAGGACGCUUCUGCAGAAGUUGAGGUGAAAGCAGAAGAAAGAGACAAAUCAAGUAAAACAAAAGCAUCUAAAUUCAAGAUGCCAAAGUUUGGUAGUCUGCGUUCCAAAUCACGGGGCUCAGAAGUUCACGCUGAUCCACCAAAAGUGGAAGGUGAGGUGUCGCUAGCUAAAACAGAAGGAGGGACAGCAGAAACCCAGAUUCAAACGGCAGAAGGGUCUGCUGACCUAAAAAGUACAAAACCGGAUACUGCAGACAAGGAAUCUGAGGACUCAGAGCUAAGUUUCCAUAUUCCAAAAUUAAAAAUGCCCAAAUUCACACACAGCACAUCCAUAGCUGAAGGACAAGUUUUGACUUUAGAAGGAACAACAGAUAGGAAGUGUGCAGAUACCGAUGGUGCAGCUCUUCUGGAAGUCAGGACUAAAGUUCUCGAAGAGAAAGCAGACCAGACAGGUUAUGAUAUCCAGAAAUCAAAAGUCAGGAUUACAACAUUGUCUGAACCUGCAAUUCAGAGAACUAAGGUGGAGAGCAAAAUGUCAUCUAAAGAGACUAUGUUUGCAGAGACUGCAGUACGCAUACAGAGGCCAGUGGAAUUUAGCAGUGGUUUUCCUAAAGAGCAGAUAGAAACCACGGGUGGCACUAUCCAUAAGUCAAUAGCUAAAAUUACAACACUGACUGGACCAGAUAUUCAGACAACGCAACUUGAGAUUAAACUCCCAUCUGCAGAUUCCUUCACUCCGGAUGCAUCAGUGCAUGCCCAAGGACCUUGUGGUGAGAGCAAAGAAACGACGAUAAAAGGUACAUCAGUGCUUGGCUAUGGUGACAGUCAACGUCAGGAGACGUUCUCCACUCAGAUAGUGAGAGAAUCGGAGAUUCCACCCUCAGAGAUCAAAACUGCAACCUAUGGUUUUUCUCUGCUUAAACUGAAGAUGCAGGAACCACACUUGAGCGUAGGUGUACCAGUCGAAUGUUCUUCUACAGAAGAUGUGAACGAAACGUUUGAGAGUAAAGAUCUACAGCCUAAGGUGUCAGACAAAAGUUCAGGAAUAGCAGCGCAGAAGAUUGUCUUUCAUGGAUUUAAAGUAUCUGACAAGGGCCCAGGUAUAGCUGGUGAUUUCACCGAAGAAGCAUCUUCCACCACAACCUUGACAAAACUGGAACCAUUUGCUGCUGGAGUACAGUCUUCUGGUGAAUUUGCAGACAGUGGUUCUGAUAUACCGUCAAAAGAGGUAUCUGUUUCUGCUGUGUCUCAAGAUAAGGAAGCAACGAAACCUUCUGAACCCGGAGAAGAGUCCACAGAACAAAAAGAAAAAUCUGAUAAUUCUUCAGGCAGGUUUAAAUUCUGGUUUCCAAGUAUCGGGUUUACUUCCUCCAUUGAUGACACAACUGCAGAUUCCAAAACCGAAGACCAAUCGUCAUCUCUCGAAGAUGUGCAGCGCAAAGACCCGUCUGCAGCUGACAGUGACUCUGCUAAGCAAACCGGGUGGUUCAGAUUUCCCAAGUUAGGUUUUUCAUCUCCCACAAAAAAAAUUAAGGAAGCUGACAAAGACGAAGAAGAGAUGGAUCCGAAAGAGAGGAAGCCUCAGGGUGAAGAAAGUCCAACAGAAAAAACAGAAAUGUUUUUUGAUGCCCAGGAAAGUUUACCAACAAAAGAGAUAGUUGCAGAGACAGAAAAGGUCUCAGGGACCACACCCUUGGAAGCCAUUGUUUCAUCUUCAGCAAGAACCGAACUGAUAUUGCUAGAGAAAGAGAAAGCUACAUCUCAAAGCAUUCCUGAAAAGCCAUCAAAAUGA